AUGGGUGAGGAGAAGAAAGAAGAGAAAAAGGAAGAAGAGGCUCAAGAUAUAGUGCUAAAGAUUGAUAUGCACUGUGAAGGCUGUGCUAGAAAAGUUGCUAGAGCCUUGAAAGGCUUUUUGAUCCUCCAUGAGAAGUGUGUAAAUUUUGUAAAUCAAAGAAGAAUAUCUCUUAAUGGAGCAGGAGUAGAGGGAGUAACGGCAGAUUACAAGACUAGUAAAGUGGUGGUGAAAGACAAAAAUGCAGAUCCGAUUAAAGUGUGUGAAAGGAUGGAAAAGAAAAGUGGUCGAAAAGUUGAACUUAUUUCACCUUUGCCUAAGCCACCAGAAGAAAGUACUAAGGAAGAAAUUAAGAAAGAAGAAGAGCCCAAAGAAGAGAAAAAAGAUGAGCCUCCUCCUGUUAUAACAGUUGUGUUGAACGUUCAAAUGCAUUGUGAUGGUUGUGCUCAAGUGUUGCAGAAACGAAUACCCAAAAUCAAAGGCGUAGAAUCUGUUACGACAGACCUUGAAAAAAAUCAAGUAAUUGUAAAAGGUGUGAUCGACCCAGAAAAGCUAGUUACUGAUGUGUAUAAGAGGACUGGUAAACAAGUUUCAGUUGUAAAGAAUAAUAUUGAAGAAAAAAAGGAAGAAGAGAAGAAAAAGGAAGAAGAGAAAAAAGAAGGUGCAGAGGAAGGCAAAGGAGAAGAUAUCAAAAGAAGUGAAUAUUUGCCUCAAAUGUACUACCACAAUAGUAAUAUGGAGUAUGCUAAUUAUUCCCCUCAGAUAUUCAGUGAUGAGAAUCCUCAUGCUUGCUCUCUCAUGUAACAUUAGCCAAGUUUAAUUUUAGGUCUCCAAUUUUCCAUGUGCUCUAGUAAUUGUUACUUGUCGUAAUUAUAAACAUGAUCAAUUGACAAUUGAGGUUUUGUUUUA